AUGGAUAAAAAAUUAUCUGGAUUCUUAGAACAAUCAACACUUUCUCGUUCUCAGUCGUGUGAUUAUUUGGGUAAAAUAAAUGACUCGUCUGAAGAUCAUGAAGAGUUCAAAAAGAAAUCUGGAAGACGAAGACGCCUAUUACGACUAAAAAGACUAUUGAAGAAGAGUAAAUCAUUCAAAUCAAAUCACUAUAAAGCUUAUAAUGAAAUGGAUGAAUUUAUUCAUGGUGAAAUUGAUGUAUCAAUGGAAUAUAAUGCUCAAGAUCAACAACUUGGAGUUAGUUUAUGGGCUGCUAAUAAUUUAGCACAUGAAAAAUAUAUAAUCGGCUUACCUCAUGCUACAAUCUCAUUGCUUCCAGAUAAUGUAAAAUAUAAUCUCAAAGUAUCUGGUAACAAUAAAUGGGAUGGAAGAGAUGCAGUUUUUGAUCUUAGUGUUUGUUUUACAGUACAUAGAUGUGAUUUAAACAAGAAGAUUAUUGUAAUAAAGUUAUGGUCUAGAAAUGGUAUAAAAUCACAAUUCACCAUUGGCCAAACUGUUAUUCCUAUAAAAGAAUGUAAUCUUUUGUUCUCACCAUGUAGAAAGUGCUUCCAAUUGAUAAGUGAAAAUAAUUCAAUCAUUACAAAUCCUAACAUAAAUACAGCUUACUACGGUGAAAUCAAACUUGCUUUACGUUUUGCAAUAUCUGAUUAUCAGAAAAAAGUGUUGUGUGUAACUGAUGAAGCUAUUGAUUUGAUUGGCGUAUUAAAUGUAUGGAUAAAGGAAGGAAAGAAUUUGCAUUCACAAAAAGCUGGUACAGAUAUAAAUUCUUACGUGACCGUGGAACUAACUGAUCCUGACCACAAAACAGAAUGUCAAAGUACUGAUCAAAUUCUACGAAGUGAUCAACCAGUUUGGAAUAGUUUACUUCAGUUUUCAGACAAACAUCUUAGUGAAUUAAUCGAAUCUACUAUGAAAAUAUUUAUUUGGAAUCGUUCAAGUAGCUUUAGUGAUCCAGAACUAUUGGGGAUCGUACAAAUUGCCAAUAAAGAAGAAUCCGAAUUAAUGGAUACGAUCAAUGAAAACAACGUAAAUGCUAAUGUAUAUCAAGGCAGUACAAUAACGAAAAGUAUAUCAUUGUGGGAAUCUGUAAUAUCUAAACCUGGUGACUGGAUAGAAGGUCUGCUUAAUAUUACAGCUCCUAAUAUAAAAUAA